AAAACUUUCAUUAGGACGUUAUUAGUUUAUCUACUUCCUCCGUAAAUACAGCACAUAUUCAUAUUUAUUUUGUGGAUUUAUAAUUAUAUUGGAUCUAACCAAUGACUACGUCUGAUGAUAUUCGGUCUCGAAUGUUGCACCGAGCAGAUCGAUUAGUCAAUGGUAUUAAAAAUGAAGAAGCAUGGCAUUUGAUUGGUUUAUUUCAACAGACUCAUCCAAAUACAUUUCUUCAAAUAUGUCAUCAUACAUUAGCAUCAUUUUUAGAAUUAACUCAUGAUUAUUUUGAUGAUCAAAGAUGGCCAUUAAUUUCACGUUUAAUGCUAAUAACUAAUCAGAAAUCAGUAGACAAUCGUCGAGGUCGUUCACGUGCUGCUGUUAAUUUUACCAUGAAUACAAAUCAAAACAGAAAUAAUAUACAUGAAAUUUUUCAAUCCCCAAUUGGUAGUCCAUUAUUUAUGUCCAAUUAUCAAAUAGACAAAUUAUCAUGUACAUCUCCAGUUGUAUCAAACGUGAAACUAUUCAAUAAUACUGAUGAACAAGUAAAAAAUAAAUUAAAACCUGGUCAUAAGCGUAUACUGAAACAAUUAUUGCCUUCAAUGUUUCCAGUACCUAAUAAUAACAAUAAUAAUAUUAGUAAUAAUGGAUCGAAACCUUCUCGUGUGGAUUUAGUGACGCCUACAAAAAAAUCAGAUAGAUCUAAUUCUAAAACAAAAUUAUUCUUUAAACAACAAGUUCAACCAUUAUUUUGUAAAUCAGGAUCAAAUGAAACAAUUCGUCAAUUAACUUGUCCAUUUGUCUUAAGAUUAAAUUCAUCUAAAGUAGAUGAUUAUUUACAACAAAUCAAAUCAAAAUGGAGAAAUGAUUAUACCGGUUAUAGUAUUCGAUAUUGUAAUGUGGAUUCAACAAUUUGUGCAACAUUAAUUGAUUAUAUGACUUCUAAUCCUAAAUUAUGCCAAACUGAAGGCUUAUUUCGUAUACCAGGCAGUGCAUUACGUAUCCGUGAAUUAUGGUUAAAAUUAAGCCAUCAUUUUCAAAAUCCAUAUCUACGUAUACCUCAACCUGAUCCAGAUGUCACUGAUGAAAAUCUUUCACCUUAUCCAAUAAUUGAUCAUAAAGAAAUUUAUGAAAUAUUACAAUCGUACACACCCCAUGAUAUAUCCAGUUUAAUAUUACGUUGUUUAACUACAUGUACAGAAUUCCAGCGUAUUCAUCAAGUGUUAAAUUUUGACAGUACCACGGUUGAUUCACCAAUUUAUAGUCAUGGUGAUCAAACUACAACCAACGCUAACAAUCCUUAUUCAUAUGAUGAUGGUGAAUAUCAACAGACUGGGGGCUUAAUUCCACUUGAAGCUGGAAAUCUUCUAUUUUUAGCUACUGAACUACAAUACAAAUUAAAAUCCACGAGUAGUAGUAGUAGUAGUAGUAGUACCACUACUCUGAAUAAUGUCGAUGAUAAUGAAGAUAUUGUUCAUAAAUUAUCCGAUAGUCAAUACGAUGAUUGGAUGUAUGUAUUAUGUCAGUCAAGACAAUUAUUAGCUUAUCGUAUUGUCUUACAAUUGUUAUUACCGACACCGGAACGAUAUCUACUCAUGAGUUUAUUGAGAUUAUUCAAACAAAUUGAUGAUUUAAGUGUUAUGUCAAAAAUGACAGCUGAAUGUUUAUCAAGAUGUACAGCAUUUGCAGUGUUUGGUGCACCUUUAAAAAUCAAAAAAUCUCAUAAUUCUAUUACAAUUACCAAUCGUCAUCAUAAUCACCGUCGUCUGAAAGGAGACAGUAAUAAUGAUAAUAAUAUGUACACUUUUGAAUCUUACACGAAUUCAAUAACUAAACGUAUAGAUACAUUGACAAAUUUAAUCAAAAUGGUACAUCAGUUAGAAGAUCUACCAGCAAUUAUUUAUAAUACGGUGCGUAGUCGUCUAAGAACACAUUUAGGUAAUUCACCGAUACCUAGAACAGCGUCUCGACUACAAUGUAAAUCUACAACAGAAAAGUGUAAUAUUGAAAGUCAGUAUUGUCUAGUUGAGGAUCGGUCAAUGAUAUUAAAAGAAUUAACUAAUGUGAAUCAUGUUCAAUCGGAACAGCUUGAAUCCACUAUUCAAAAACGUGCUAAAUAUCAGAACGAUUCAGAUGAAUUAAUUCAAAGUCACCCAGUGAAUGAGAUGUAUUUACUAUCAAAUUCAAAUCGUUCUAGUCAUAUUCAUCGUACCAAAUCCACUAGUAAUACAACUAGUAAAAAUUCACUUCAACAAUUGAAAUCCAAUGAAUCACAAAAUGAUCAAUUAAAUAACUUACAUAAAACAACAAAAAUAAACACAAAUAAUACUACUAAUAAUAUAUCAAUUGAUUCGUUCCAUUUAUGGAAACGUCAUAAACCGGGUACUAUUCAUCAUGAAUUAAAAUCAAGUAUAAUCAAUAAUACUUCGAUUAUCAAUAGUAAAAUUGAUAAUUAUGAUGAAAGACUUAUCAAAAUGACCAAUCAGUGUGUUGUUGUUCCUCAUCACCAUCAUCAUAAAUCGUUGGUCAAAUCAAGAAGUAGUUCAUUAUUAGAAGAAUCACAUAUAUUCAAUUGAAAAGUCAUGUAUGCAGACAAAAUCAACUCAACUAUUCAUUCAAAUUGGCUGUGAUUAUACUUAUGUUUGUGUGUGUAUGCGUGUUCUUGUUUAUGUAAAUACUAUGUAUAAAACUAUAUUUUUUCCUCUCUCUCAUGAAUUGUAGCAUAUUCUCAUUUAAAUAAAUAACCGUUUAAUAUUUUUUUUCGUUUACAAGUUACAAUGUAAAUUUGGUACAAUCCCUAUCCCUCACUUGGUUACUAAUACUAAAACUGCCAAUACUACUCUCAUCUUUUAUAGUUCCUCUCCUAUUUUUCUCGAUUAUUUAUUUAUUUAUUUUGUUGUUUUUGGUUUUCUUGUAAAAUAAUUUUAAUAAAUGUACAUAUUUAUAACUAACUAAUAUUAAUUAAUUAAUAAAUAAUAAUAAUGACUA